AUGCCCUCCGACCCCUCCGCCGCCGCGCUCGCGCACCUCCUCCCCCCCAGCUGGAAGACGCAGGUCACGGCCUGGCUCGCCGAGGACACGCCCUCGUUCGACUACGCCGGCUACGUCGUCGGCGAGGCGCCCCGGACCGCCACCCUCUGGGCCAAGUCCGCCGGCGUCGUCGCCGGCCGGCCCUUCUUCGACGAGGUCUUUGCGCAGUGCGGCUGCGCCGUCGAGUGGCACCUCGACGAGGGCGACGACGUCGACCCCGGCGCCGCCGGCAAGGUCAAGGCCGCCACCGUCACGGGCCCCGCGCGCGGCAUCCUCCUCGGCGAGCGCGUCGCCCUGAAUACCAUUGCCCGCUGCUCCGGCGUCGCCGCCCGCUCGCGCGCCCUCCUGACCCGCAUGCGCGCCGCGGGCUACACCGGCAUCCUCGCCGGCACGCGCAAGACCACGCCCGGGUUCCGCCUCGUCGAAAAGUAUGGCAUGCUGGUCGCCGGGGUGGACGGGCACCGCACGGACCUCAGCUCCUGCGUCAUGCUCAAGGAUAACCACGUCUGGAGCAGGGGUUCGAUCACGGACGCCGUGCGCGCCGCCAAGCGUGUGGCCGGCUUCAGCUUGAAGAUUGAGGUCGAGGUGCAGUCCGAGCAGGAGGCCGACGAGGCCAUUGAGGCGGGCGCCGACAUUGUCAUGCUCGACAACUUUACCGGCGACGGCGUCAAGGUCGCCGCGCGCAGCCUCAAGGAGCGGUGGCAGGGCAAGCGCCAUUUCUUGAUUGAGGUGUCUGGCGGCCUGAGGGAAGACAACGUAGAGCCCUACAUCUGCAACGAUGUGGACAUUGUGUCAACGAGCUCGAUACACCAAGGCGUCACGCAUCUCGACUAUUCGCUCAAGAUCGAGCAUUAG